UUAGUUUACAUCUCUCCAUCCUUUUUAAAAAUGUUUGCAGAUAUUUUUAAGUACAAUUGCUCUGUUAAACAAUAGGUUUGUUCUUCUUGCUUACACGAAAAGUGUAUAGUGUACACUUUUACUCCGUCCAAUUUUUGAGAGUGGGGGUAACGUCGUGUAAAUUCAGUGUAAAGUGUAAGCUUUUCAACGAGAACGCCGAAGUGUAACAUCAAGUGUUUAUAAAUACGACAGCUAUUUGUGCAUAGUGUUCAUAUUUAAAGUUUUAAUAAAAAAGUGGAAUUUUAUUGUUUAAAAUUUAUUAUUGGUUAUAUUGUUACAAUUAUCACAAAAUGAUGAAUGAAUUAAAUGUAGAAAUUCUUAAUCACAUUUUGGAGUCGGAGUCUGAAUCUGAUUUGUCAUCCGAUGAAGAGGAUUUUGACGAGAUUGUUCCUGAACCACCUGUUUUAUUUGCUGCAAAUAAUGAUGAAGACAUUGGACAAUUAUUAGAGCCAGUAUUAGGAGUUGUUUAAAGAGUACAUCACGUAAAAAUUCUAAAUUAUAUUGAAAAUGUUGUACAUUUAUACACUGAGAGUGAUUUCAUAAUGCACUUUCGCUUAUCACGAGAAGUGACCAAUGAAUUGAUCAAUCGUUUUGCAGCAUCUCAAAUUUUUUUGGCAUUACAAGCUUAUGCAGGCUACGAGCCUAUUUCUCCAGAGAAACAUAUCAUAAGUUUUCUUUGGUACGUUGGACAUGAAAGCAGUGGCUAUCGGGAUGUAGCAGAUAAAUUUGGGAUUACCAUAAGUGCGCUGUACAAUGUUAUAUCCCGGAUCACAAAUUUUUUAAUAUCUCUUGCACCAAAUGUCAUCAGAUUUCCUACAAUGCAAGAGAGAGAAGCCAUUAAAGAACAUUUUCUACAAAUGCAAAACAGAUUUCCUGGAGUAAUAGGUGCCAUAGAUGGAUCGCACAUUCGAAUCGACAAACCAAUAGAAGACAAAGAUUUGUACAUAAAUAGGAAACAAUUUUUUUCCAUUCAGUUACAAGGCAUUGUGAACCACGGACAAAAGUUUAUGAAUGUGUUUAUCGGUUACUCUGGAUCGGUUCAUGAUGCAAGAGUUUUCAGGGAAUCGCCUGUGUACAAUAGACUGAAUGAACUUUGUGGAGAAGAUGGAUACUUGCUUGGAGAUAGUGCGUAUCCCUGUUUACAACGGUUGAUUGUUUCGUAUAGAGAUAACGGACAUUUGACACGAGCUCAAAUCAAUUUUAACCAAAGAUUGAGUUCAUGUCGAGUUAUUAUCGAAAAUGCAUUUGGUAAUCUGAAACAGCGAUUUCGUCAAUUGUACCAUUUUAAGUUACGAGACAUUGUUCGAAUGGUUCAGGUUGUGCAUGCAUGUUGUGUUUUGCACAAUAUGGCGAAUGCUAAUGAUUUACAGUUAUUUGAACCACCUCCCGAUGAAAAUCAACCUGAUCCUGAUGCUGUAAAUGCACUGAUUAAUAUGGUUGGAGAUAAUGCAAUACCGCAGGAUAAUCAACAGGGACGAGAACUUAGAGAUGAAAUAUGUAGACAACUCGCAGCACAAUAAAUGUCUCAAUUAUUGUACAUUCUAUUUAAAUAAGAAUUAUGUAAAUUUAUCUUUUAA